AUGGCCGAAUUCACAACAUUGGAUGCCUUGCAGGCGCUCCACAGAGAGCUCGUCGCGCUCAGCGGCGGGUACGGGGACGGGCUCGAGAGCCUAGACAACGACUUUCUCGUCAAGACCUUUGAGAAGGAGUUGGACAAGCUAUGGGAGCAUCCGUCCAAGAAAGAUCAGAGCCGCAGCAUGGUGAAAUCAGGCAAGAUCUCUUUGGACGGCAGCGAGUACACCAUCAACGACAAGUUCCAACAAGACGUGCUUCUGUUGUCCGACGAAAUCGAUCUCGACGAGCUCCAAGCGGCAAGAUGCCUCCUCGAUUCCCAAGACGACCCCCCCGUCUUGGGGCGCACCCUCCUCGAGUGCGGCAUAAUCCGCUUUCACCAGCAAAGGAAAUAUCUCCUCGAUGCUCUUAGGUUGCUUCUCGAGUUCGACAGCGCCGAGGAAGAUGUCGACGAGUCCAGCGCGCUUGAAAGCAUCAAGAUGUUCGUCGCCGGGCGACUAUUCCAAGCUGGCCCCAAAGGAGCGAAACGCCAUGUAUCGAAUUGCAUGUCCGCAAUGGCGCGCAUCAAAGCCCUGCUGCAGAAUCUUGGGGACAAGAUUGCGGCCGCACAAACCUUGAACCAAGGGGUUGCUGCUGGACUGACCGAAGAGAUGGAGACGAUUGAGUUCUCACGUCUCAGCCUGAUGCAGCAACACGAACUGCUCGGCGUCAUCCUCUGCCGCUGCAUCGAGAAGCGACAGGCAGAGGUGUCGGAUUUUCUAGAAUUCGUCUCGACUCUCAAGAAAGCAGAUAGAUAUGAUGCUCUCCUAGUGCAUCUUGUGCCUGCCAUUGGUGCCUAUAUCUCGGCUUUUGGGUCGACAGAAGGUGGCUACGAUCUCAUCAGAGUUCGGGAGCUGAACAAUAAGCUAUUGCCGCCCGCAGACGACUCUACGUGGCCACUACCGCAACUGCAUGCUGCUUUUCGGGCCUGGUGGCUCGCAGAAUACAGUGGUUUCUACUUGGAUGAUCCGCCCGAAUCGGCCAUUCCGCCAAACACUGACCUUGACGAGGAGGAUCGCCACCGGUCGAAGCAGUUCCUCGACUCGCUCAAGGAUGGUGCUUUCGAUUUCCUGCUCUCGGUCGCUGGCGAUGUCAAGUCGCCGGAAUGGCAUGACUCGGUCCGCGUGGGCAUGCGCAACUGGCUCCAGAGGAAGUCUUCUGCUUUCCCGUCAGACUCGAUUCAGUUCUCGGGCUUCUUUCAGCUGUGCCUGAUGACGCAGCUCGAGGUCUUUGUCGAUGCUUUCAUAUCCAACUUGCCCGAUGUUCUCAGAAAGCUUCGCGUUGACGAAGACGAGCAACGGCAGCUGAGCCAGGCUCACGAACAAGACCUGGACCUCGAGCGCUUCUUGCUCACCAUUGCCUACUCAUAUGAAGGGCGUCCUGAUGCGGCCGCCAGCUUUUGGUCGGAUCCGGACAGCAACCUCGCGGGCUUCAUGCACUGGGCGUCUCGACGAGCGUCAACACCGCUGGUGACGGCCUUUUGUGAGAUGCUGCAGGCAAUAUCAGGCAACGAAGAGUGCGCAACCGCGGCCCACGAAUUCCUCCUCGACGAGGGUCAUCAAUCUUCGGGGAAGCUGAGAAGAUCGCAAUCUCUGACCUGGACUCAAAUAUUCAAAGAACUCGACUUCUUCUCUGACAAGACCAGGCAAAAGCCAACAACCACCCAGCCCAUGAGAUACCGCGGUGCAAAGUCGGCCCAUGAACAAAUGGAGACGGAGCCCGAGUCUGCCAUGAUGCUUGAGUCUUACCUUCGUCUGAUGACAAAGCUCGCCUCCGAAAGCGAAACUGCGCGGGUGUUUCUGUUGCAGAAUCCGGGACACAGCCUUGUUGAUAUGCUUUACGAACUGGCAAGCAGCCCGAUACCUCCCCGGCUGCGAGGCUGCACCUUCAUGGCACUGAAGGCUCUCAUGGCCCGCAAGUCAACCCAGGAGAGCCAUAUGAUGUGGAGUUGCCUGGAGAAUUGGGUCACCGGGGGCUAUGCUAGUCCCGCCACAGGACAUAUGCGACAAUCACAAUCCACUACUCUCGUGUCCACGGAACGCAUCCUGGAUGAGAUGAGCACCGGCUUUGAGGACCCCGAAUCGUUCAUUCAACUGCUGCUGGCGUUGGUAUCCCCGGCAAGAGACAGUAGUCCCUUGAAUGACUCUCUACCGUUUCCGGAGAACCUCGGAUCGAGCUCUCGGUAUCCUGGAAUUGAAGUGUACGUGGACUUUGUCAUGGGCCUGGUCCUGGCGAACAAGUCACACGAUCUCCAGGACAAGCAUCAGGUCCGGACGUUGAGGCUCAGCUGCCUCGAAUUCAUUCUCACGUGCUUGGCUACGUUCAACGAAGAUCUUAUUGUCAUUGCAAACGAGACGAAUCUCAAGAUUGAUUCCGUCAUUGCCGCCACAGAUCUCGCGACGUACGUUUGCAAGCAUCCUUUUGCGCGGGUAAUGGAAUGGAUGUUCAACGACAAGGUGAUGAGGGCCUUGUUCAGCACGAUCCAUCAAGACGCGGCAGACGUUGGCAGCGCUGCUCCCGACUCACCACUCAUCUUGGGAAUUCUGCGUGCAGUCGAGGUCAUCACCAAAGUCCUCGACCUAGAGGCGACCUACCAGAACCUGGUCAGGCCGCUCAUCAAGGUCCAGGCUAGUCAGACGCGGCUACCAAUUGCCCACACAGCAUACGCGUCGUUCCAGGACGGGCUGGUGACAAGACUCAAUCUCGUCGUGGACCUCGGGGUCUACUGCGGGAUUGGCCACCCUGAUCUGACACUGGCAUGCCUAAAGCUGUUGGAAAAGAUGUCUUCAUCCUCCAAAAUCGCAGCUACUUGGACGGGGUCGAGCCGACUCGCGCAUCGCAAUAAGGCCAUUGUCGCUUUGGAAGCGAAUGGAGAGCACGAGGCGAUUUCGAGAUCAUUCGGCUCCGAGCUCAUGGCCCCGCUAGAGUCUCGCCGCGAAGCGAAUUCUCCAAACUACAUCACGAAAAUCUACAUCCUCGACUUCCUCUUGCAGUGUCUGCAGUUGAGUCCUAAGGAGCCCACCAUUGCGCAUCUGCUCCUGGGAUUCAAAUGCGGCGUCGACUCUCUUUCUGUUGAAAACAACGGUGCGUUUGUGGCCCGGACAUCCUUGUUCCACAGCCUGGUGAGGCUGCUGCUCGAGAUUCCUUCCGGAGACUCGUCGGGAAUGAGACAGUGGCUCAUCGCGCUCAAGUCGCGAGCGAUGCGCAUCUUGCACAUUCUUUGGACCUCGCCUCUCUCUGCCACAAUCGUCAUCAACGAACUUCGAGAAAACGAGUUCCUUUUCCACCUCCUCAUCCGCGAAUCUGUCAUUCGGCCCGACCUACCGUGGGAAGAGCAGACCAUAUCCGUGGUGCAUUUCCCCGUGACGGAUGGUGCUCCGACACUGGUUGACUUCCUGACGCUGCGCAGCCUGACUCUGGAAUACAUUGCCACGGAGCUCUGCAUGAUAUCGCAAGGUCGCAUGCCCGGGGUUAAGAGACGAAUAUACGAUGCCUUAAACGGCCAAGUUGUUGGCGAUGGCAAUCAAACGAUUGAGACGCCGACAGCCUUUGACCUGUUCGACUUUCUCCUUCCCGAGGGCCUCUGGGACAUUCCGCCGCCGCCCCUUCAGUUCUACAAGGACCUGGAUGUUUCUUCCUGCCUGGAGACUGAUGCCGACUCCAAUCUCGUUUACAACGUGGAUCGAGCAAAAGAAAUCCUUCUCCUCAAACGAGGCGAGCAGCAGGGACAAGGGACCAUAAUUGCGGCCCAAGACCUGGUGGCCAUUGAGAAGGAAGAGGCCAUGAUCCUGGAAUUCCUCUUGUCAACUAAUAGGCAGAAGCAGAUUGCGACACUGUGCCUCAAGGUGCUCAAGUCUUGGACCCGGCUGCUAUUGAUUAUGGUUGAAUGCAAUGAUUUCAAGGGAACGGCGCAGACUUCCUUCUUCCUGCAGGCACUCCAAGCUGUGCUCCCCAGUCUCGAAGCCUUUGCGUCAGACCGCCCCGAGGAAGCUUUGGAACUGGCCAGAUUGGCUCGAGUGCUUCUCUUCAGGCUUGAUCUGGCAGCCACCGAUGCGGGCGACAAGCAGAGCCAAGCGAUCGGCAAUCUUGUCAGCGACAAACUUUACCAACUCUUCCAGAUAUGCCUUCAGGCUAUCGGCAAGUGGGCCGGCUCGCCGGUCUUGAGAUCGGUCUACUACGAAAUCUGCUACAGGUAUCUCACGGGAAUGUCAGAGCAGGGACCCCUGAGUUCGAGUCGGCCCAAGACUACCAAGACCAUUCAAGUCUAUGGAGAGAGGCUCAUCAACGUCAUAUGUGAUGAUGCCUACUGCAGUCAGGCCAGUUGCCAAACUGCAGCCUUCAUUCUCCUCAAUGCCUUGGUCCAUGUCGGCCGUCAAGAAGACGACAACCACGUCAUAGAAACGCUCAACCGGCUCAACUUUAUCGGCAUUCUCGUCGACUCCCUUCGGAACAUUAUGCAGGAGUGGCACGAAGCUUUCGCGUCUGGCCACGGCGACCAGCAAAACUACCAAAACGCCCGUCUUGCACUCCUGCUUGAGAUUUCGCAAUCCCGCGCCGGCGCCAAAUACAUCCUCUAUGCCAACGUAUUCCGCACCCUCGAGACAUCGGGCCUGUUCACUGCCGAUCCCGAGCUGCAGAGCGACUCGCAGAAUUCGCGUGCCCUCGAGCAGCACUACGACCUGCUGGCCAAGGUUGUCCGAAUCAUUGCCGCGGCACUCCUGAGCCGCGGCAGCCACAACGCUGUUCAGGGGCGCAAAUUCCUGACGGACCACCGGAUGCUCGUGACCCACACGCUGAAGCGUAGCGCUGGCAUUGGCGGCGCCCACGCCAGCGAGGGGCUGGAGGAGCGGAUUGGGGAGCUGGCGGACGGGCUUAUGGUUGUCAUUGCCGCGACGGGGUUUUUGGAGUUUGAGGACGAAGUCACAUCGGGAUCGAGCAAGGCAAAUCAGGCUUUGUUUCAUUGA